CUCGGUUCUCACAUGUUCAUCCAGCAGCAGUCUCUCCCUACAGGCGGACCUACAUCUCUCCCUUUUCCCAGAGAGCAACCAUGAUGCACCUGAGCGCGUACGAGACGUGGUGCCAUUCAUUGGUCGUACUUUGCAUCCUGCUGAGGAGUUGCCAUGCAUUAAAAAACGACGCCACGGAGCUACUGUUACCGCACGUGAGUGAGCCGGUGCCGGAGGUUCAGAGCAACAUGACCAUGAACCGAGCCCAGACCGGCGGGAGAGGAGCGGGCAGCGCAGUGCAAGACAGAGGGGAGCGAAGCCAAAUUGGAUGCAGAGAGCUGAGGUCCACUAAGUACAUCUCUGAUGGCCACUGCACCAGCAUCAACCCCAUCAAGGAGCUGGUGUGUGCUGGAGAGUGUCUCCCAGCUCAGAUGCUUCAGAACUGGAUCGGCGGUGCCUAUGGCCGAAAGCUCUGGGGUCGUCGGAGCGGCAACCAGGACUGGCGGUGUGUCAACGACAAGACCCGCACCCAGCGCAUCCAGCUUCAAUGCCAGGAUGGCAGCACGAGAACAUACAAAAUCACUGUUGUCACCUCCUGCAAGUGCAAGAGGUACUCAAGGAUACACAACGAGUCAGGCAACAAAUUUGAGGAGCUCGCUUUGUUGCCGCCGCAGCUCCUGCACAAGCACAAGUCCAAGAGCAAGAGGAGACCGGGGAAGAACAGACUCAGUGAGAACUGGCACGAACCUGAGCCCUGAGACUCACUCCACGUCCAAAGUUUGUGGAUUAUCUCUAAAUGUGACUGGGACUUAAUUUAGGUGAAGCUGGUUCUCUACUAUGAUGAGAGAACUCCAAAAGGCAUGCUAAGGACUUUUCUUGUCAUUACUUCCAAAAGGUGAAAAGAUAAUGUGAAUAGAGCUGGGGUGUACAAUCUGCAGUGCUUUCUGGAGCCCCAAACUAACUUGUCCCUGAAUAAGCCAUAUGCAUGCAUUCCUAUAUAUUCAGUUUAUGUGCAGAUGGAGAGCUAUAGUCCAAGCACCAACACCAGUAAACAACAAACAUCUCAAAUACAAUUCAGUGUAAAUACUUGUACAUAUAUCAAAUUCCUACUUGCCUUUUUAAGAAUGGCCAUGUGUAUAAAAUGUUACUAUGUAAGAUUUAUGCUGUUUGAUGUAAUAUAUUCUCUGUGACAACAUAUAAUAUGAUUGCUCAAGUGACUUCAGCAUGUGGGUAAAACCUGGAAAAGUUUUGUCAUCAAUCAGUCUUGUAGUAACGUUAUACAAAAUAAAUAUCACUUUUUUUAA